CUGGACUGAACGUGCAGAAAGGGAACAUCAGCUACAUGGUGAUCGACUCAGACUCUGAUGAUGGAUGCCUCUGUAAGCAAAAGAGAGCUAAGACAGCUGAAAUGCAUAUCAAAGAUGAGAUUGUGGAAGUGUCUGAUACCGAGGAGCAGCCGCCCCAGGACUCUCCAAUACUUAUCAGUGAUGAUGAUGAUGAUGAUGAUCGUAAUGACUUGGAGGGCCCUGUGCUGAUAGAAGAUGAUUCGUGUGAUGAGGACCAAACUCCCUCAAAUGAGAAAAAGAGGGAUGAGUUUGUUAUCUCCCAAAACAAAUCAUCUCAUGAUGUUGGUAAGCAGGAUCUUGGGGAAAAUGCCUGCCAGCCACCAAAUGGCAAUCCUAAGGCUGAGCUAGAGAUUUCAAAAGGAAAGUUGUCAAGUGAUGAAGAGCCUGUACUUGUGGUGGCACAACCAAGGAAAAGGAAAAAUAAAACCAAAAACAUACCUGUGACACCUGUUGUUAAAAGAGAAAAGGAGCAUGUGCCUUCAAAGAAGAAUCCCAGCGCAGCAAAAUUUGAACAAUGCGAGCCUGGGAAUUCUGAGUGCAAAAUACCUGGAUGUUUCUUGCGUGGCAUUGAGAACUCAAAGCAGUAUUCUGGAAAGAAUUUCAAGCAAAAUAAGGAUGAACUGGUUCAGAAAAUCUACGCUUUGUGUAACAGCUCUGUCUUUGAUAAAAAGCUGCCGGAGAAAAUUGACAUUAGCUGGAAUAAAAAGAUGCUGAGAACUGCUGGUUUAUGCACCACUGGCGAGACUCGACACCCUAAGAGGGAGCGUUAUGCUAAGAUUCAGAUUUCUCAGAAAGUCUGUGAUUCUGCAGACCGACUCCGGGAUACUUUGAUCCAUGAGAUAUGCCACGCAGCCUCCUGGCUGCUCGAUGGCAUCCGUGAUUCUCAUGGUGUCGGAUGGAAGUAUUAUGCCCAAAAAUCGAAUAUGGUGCACCCAGAGCUGCCCAAGGUCACCCGUUGCCAUAACUACAAGAUUAACUACAGGAUUCAUUAUGAGUGUACUAAGUGCAAAUUCAGGGUCGGCCGCUACACCAGAUCAUUGGACACCGAACGCUUCAUCUGUGCCAAGUGCAAGGGCCCUCUGGUCAUUCUGCCAUUAACUCGGAAAGAUGGAACCCCCAUUGAGCCCCAUGUGAGACCAUUUGCCAAGUAUGUGCAGGAGAAUUACAGAAUAGUCAGGAAGGGGAUGGCAGGGAUAGGUCAUGGGGAUGUGAUGAGAAAGCUCAGCAAGGAUUUUAAUGCCAAAAAACAAAGCCAGGGUCAUUGAGGUUAUCUGAGAAUGUAUUUGUGUGAGGCGAGUCAUCUAUUGGUAAGGAGUUUUAGAAAGAUAUCUUUGAUGCUGUGAAGUUAUGAAUAUUAGAAUUUAAGUCCUUCUUUAAAAGCUUCCUGCUGUUAAUGAUGUUUGUUCUUCACUAAGGGUUCUGUUGCUAACCAUUUUGUGCUGAUACCCAAAAGCACUUUGGAUCUACCUUGGGUCUUACUUAGAUGCUGUAGUUUUAACAUGUAGAACAAAAUGCGAAAGAGAAAUGAGUUCUGGAGGGUGGCACGUUGAGAGAAUGAGAGGCAUGCUGACAAGAGAACAAGUUUUAAAGACAGUACUUCAAAACCAGGGCUGCUGUCAGAUGUAACCUGUUACACCUAUCUGGAAGUGAAAUACAGACAUGUUUCAUGAACUUAGUUGCUCUUGACAUUGUAUGAAGCCACCUGAACAAUGUAACUGUUCAUAAAAUAA